AUGUCCCACUUCUCCGCUGGCGCAAAGACCCCUUCGCCAUCAUCGUCGCCCCCCAACGACCUCUCCGUGAGCCUCAAGAAGAAGCAGCACCACGUUUCCGACCCUUUCCCUCAACUAGAUCGCAACAUCGACGCGGUACGCCGACCCGUCACGCCGCCAUCACGGCCGGACUAUGGAACUCCGCCAGAAGGCUCUCCAAACGAUACUCCUCCCCGACGUCAGCGCAGUUCAUCGCGACCACUGUCCAUGGUUCAGACCUACCAGCCGCCCGUCAUGGACAUUAACGAAGACACCAUUCCUGAGCUCCAGCCCAUCUUUACACUGCUGAAUAGCCACUCCAACAAACUGUAUCAAGAAGGAUACUUUUUGAAACUUGACGAUCAAAACACACAGGGCAAACCGAAUACGGACCGAACAUGGACCGAAUGUUUUGCACAGCUUGUCGGCACAGUCUUGUCGUUGUGGGAUGCCGCCGAACUUGAUGCGGCCGGCGAGGACGGCGAGGUCCUGCCAAAGUUUAUCAAUCUCACGGAUGCUUCAAUCAAGAUGAUCGAAUCACUCCCUACUCGUUCCAACGAUGAGCAGCCGUUACAAAACAUUUUGAGCAUAUCUACUGCGGGCAGAAAUCGAUAUCUUCUCCACUUCAACUCACACCACUCUCUGAUUCAGUGGACGGCAGGAAUUCGUCUUGCCAUGUUCGAGCACUCAACCUUGCAGGAGGCUUACACCGGCGCCUUGAUUGCGGCCAAGGGAAAAUCACUAAACAACAUCAAUGUGAUCAUGGAGAGAUCACGUAUGAAGUCGGAGCAGUGGGUCAGAGUUCGCUUCGGUGCCGGUGUGCCGUGGCGUCGCUGCUGGUGUGUUAUUUCCCCCCCGGAUGAGAAGGAAUACCAGAAGCAACAGAAGGAACUCAAGAAGAGGUCUGCCUAUGACCGGUCUCACGUCCCUGUUCUCAAGGGAGAUAUCAAAUUCUAUGAUUCCAGAAAGGACGGGAAAAAGCAAAAGAAGUCUCAACCAAUUGCCACCAUUACCGAUGCAUACUCUGCCUAUGCGAUUUACCCCCAGGCAAAAUCUUUGAUUGACGCUUCAACCCUGCUCAAGAUUGAAGGCCGUGUUACCGUCCACUCUGAUCCGCCUUCAUCUACUGAGGGCUUCAUCUUCAUUAUGCCCGAGGUUCAUCCGGCCGUCAGCGGUUUUGAGAUGCUGCUUCGUUUCUUAUUCCCUACGUGGGACUCCUUUGGUCUGUAUGGCAGACCCGGCAGAUUGGUUGCAAGCGUUCUUGACCCACGAUCGCUCAUGUUUGCCAUGCCCAAACACAAGCGCUACGGAUAUCUUGAGAUACUCGAUGUUUCGACGUUGAUUCUCGACGAAGGCAGUACGUCAUGGUCAGAACGAGAGUGGCGCAAGCGACUGAAGGACGCCACCGGGACACGAAUGAAUGCACUGGAAGACGGUUCUAGAUCCCAUUCUCGUAGUGCGAGUCGUUCCAGUGCAAGACUAAGCUUUGGCAGUGGAGGUAGACCCAAGGUUGGGUUUGCCGAUGAUGGCAACUUGCUGCAGCCGGGUCGUGAGCCUCAGCAUAUGCGUAACGUAUCAGACCCAAAUCUGGGUGGUACGCAACGACAUGAUGCUGGAGCUGGCGGCUCACCACCACGGCACCAGCCCCCCCUUCGUGGAGGCCCUCCCGGUCAAAUGAUUCACGAGCCUGCAAGCUCUGACGAAGAGCUAGGCGCAUCUCCGCCCCCUCCAAUGCACAAUCUGGAAGCCAUGAGAAGUCUCCAGACUCCUGAGCCGGUUUCAAGCCCUCCAGCCUUCAGUCAUGGAUCGCAAGCUAGACCCACCAGCAACCCGUAUCACUCCCCUGAGCUCCGACGAGCGAAUAGUCGGCUGUCAAGCUCGACACUUGCCCAGAUGGCCACGGCUGGUGGCAUGGAAACCGACACGCAGGGUGGUCGUUCACCAGCCAACUACAGAGAUGGUGAGGAUGGUGCGCUCUACGGACCCGCGGGAUACUCGCAUGACCAUUCACUGGGAACUUACGCUAAUUCUGGAACCCUUGAUGCAGCCCCGAACCCAGGAGGUCAAGGACAACUACCUGCCACGAACCUGCCGGCCCCAACCCUUCCAAACCUUGAGAUUCCGAACCAUCGAUCAAGGGGCCCCGUGGGACCCAUGGGGCCGCCCAGUCCCCACGGCCAGAAUCCCAAUUCACGUCCUGGCACCUCGGAAGGACGUCGAUCGCCCUACCCUCCAGGACCAGGCCCGUCACGAUCACCUAAUCCUCCGCAGCAAGGCUUCCGACCAGACCAAGCUCGAUCUCCUCAUGGUCCCCCAGGACCGCCUGGGCCUUAUGGGCGCGGGCGACCCCCUCCAGGUCAAGGACCGCCAAACGGUCCCCCUGGCCAGUAUGGUAACUAUCGACCUGCACCAGGCGGGCCGCCACCGCCUGGUGGCCCCGGGGGUGGCCGGGGCGGUCCUCCCGGCAAUCCCCAUCGAAAACCAGUCCCACGACAGACCAACAGCAUCACUCCCGAUCACAUCAUUGAUCACUAUACCUCUGACCCGUAUCGCGGCCCUGUACCUGGAUAUGAUUCAAGGCCGGCCCCGCCCUCUCACAACCAAGGACUCGGAUUUGACGGUUCAAAUGGAAACCGCGACGAAGAUCGACCUCGUGCUGGCGUGUUGAAGACUGUAGGGGGUGGAGAGCCUCCGUUGCAGAAGAAUUCGGAAUUCAGUAUCCCAGAUGUCAAUUUUGGCCCUACCGUUAAUUAUGGUGCGUCGGCGGUGCCGCGAAAACAAGUCCCAGGACCUGUCGAACCUUCAAUGCGCAGUCAACCGCCAGGCUACUACUCGGAGCCGAAUUCGAAUGCUCACGCGCCUCGGCCAGGUCAUGGGAGACAGGAACCCGUGGACUCUGGCCAAAGAACUAUGGCCUGGCAGCCCGCGGGUACCUAUACUACAUCGGGAUCAGGACCAGGAGCAAGAGCGAUGACACCAGAACAGUACGUCCAACAUCGAGCCGCAGCAAACUCGCCACAGUACGGCGGUAAUCUCGGAGUUGGAGGACCUGGAGCUAUGGGUGUCAGGACCCCUAGCCCUCAACCGCCAUAUCCUGGCGCUGGACGCGGAGCCAGUGGCCCGCCUCCACCUCUUCAUGGAGGCCCUGGAGGCAAUCCUUCUCGACCUCUCGGCCCUCCGUCAUCUGGCUUACCUCCACAGGGACAAUACAACCAGGGUCAAGUCCCUAGCCAUGCUCCAUAUCAGGGUCAGGCCUUUUAA